UAUCUGUGUGAGUGAUAUUCUCUCUUCUUAUCAUAUAUGCCGCCGCACAUGGUCGGCUUCCUCCUCUCCCGUCGUUCUACGCUCCAUAGAGAGAGACAAACAGAGGAGAAAGAUUUUGAGGCGACGGUGUGGGUGAGGCAUGGAUGCGAGCAUUCUUCGAGCCCAAAAUCUGAAGUUCUGUUCCAUAUCUUUCAGCCCACGCCCUCUUCUUCGUCCCGCUUUUCUCGCAAAUCUCAACUUCAUGAGAAAGUUUUAUCCGCCGCCUCCAAAAAACUCAUGUAGUCAAGUUAUAGUGCGUUCACAAACCAAUGGUACCACUGGGUCUAAUGGUGUGGCUUCAUGCGACAAAAUUCUUCAAGUGGUUUUAGUUUCUCCUCAGAUUCCUGGGAACACUGGAUGUAUUGCUAGAACAUGUGCAGCGUCAGCUGUUGGUUUACAUCUUGUCGAGCCUUUAGGAUACAAAAUAGAUGACACCAAACUUAAGCGCGCUGGAUUGGAUUACUGGCCAUAUGUAGUGGUUAAAGUUCAUGGAUCAUGGACUGAAUUUCGAGAAUAUUUCUGGCAACAGGAGGGAGAAAAAAGAUUGUUAGCAUUCACCAAGAAAGGAACAAAUAUUCACUCCGACUUCUCGUACCGGCGAGGUGACUGGCUAGUAUUUGGAUCUGAGACUUGUGGCCUUCCACCUGAAACCUUACAAGACUGCAACAGAGAAGGGAUGGGGGGCGGCACCAUUCGCAUUCCGAUGGUCGACACCUACGUUCGCUGCCUCAACCUCUCUGUUAGUGUUGGGAUCUCUUUGUAUGAAGCAGCCAGGCAGCUGAAUUACGAACAGCUUCAGUUCCCCUCAGAUGCUGCUAGAGGAACCCAAAGUCUGUUUAUCACAGAAGAUAUAUUUGCUUAACUUCAACGCACAGGGAAUUCUUUUUUGUAUUAAAUAAUGGUUAGAAUUUUGAUGAAUCAGUGGGAACCAUUGGGAUGCAUUCCAUUUCAGGAUUUCUUUUUUUUUUAUUUAUAUAAUUUGGUGUUAUGUCUUAAAGAAUAAUUAUAGUUAGCUUUUCUUCUUCCU